GGACGUAGUUCCCAGACCAUCAGCAAUCCUCUGCUCCUUUCUUCUUCCCCAGGGCAAAGCAGAGAGGUCAGCAGAGCCUUUGGUCGCCUAGACCUAGAGUGUGGAUCAAGAGUCCUAGGUGCCUGAGGGAGCUGAGCCGGCGCUUCUCCAGGUGGGCUCUAGAGGGAGGAGGGCGGAAGCCCGGAUCCCGGUUGGAGUGGGCGAAAAGAAGGAGGAGGAGGAAGAAAGGAAAUCGCUGCAGUUGGAGAAGCUCUCCGCUGCCUCCUUUCCCGGCGGGUGACAGCGGGGAGUGCCCGCCGCCCCCGGCCGGCCCGCGGCAUGGAAGGCACCGAGCUGGCCGUGCAGGUCGUGGGCACCUGGCUCACGCUGGUGCUGAGCCUCAUCCUGCUGCCCUCGGCGUUCGGCGUGUCUCUAGGUAUCUCCGAAAUCUACAUGAAGAUCCUGGUGAAGACUCUAGAGUGGGCCACAUUAAGAAUUGAGAAAGGAUCUCCAAAGGAAUCAUCACUUAAAAGCCCAUCUUCCGUUGGUAUUAUCCAGAGAGAUGAGUCGCCUAUGGAGAAAGGAAUAUCUGGACAUCGAGGGGGGGACUUUGAACUGUCCGAUGUGUUCUAUUUCUCCAAAAAGGGAUUUGAAGCCAUUGUGGAAGAUGAAGUGACUCAGAGAUUCUCCUCAGAGGAGUUAGUGUCUUGGAAUCUCCUCACACGAACAAAUAUUAACUUCCAGUAUAUCAGCCUUCGAUUAACAACAGUAUGGGUGCUGGGAGUUAUAGUGCGUUACUGUUUCCUUCUUCCUCUUCGCAUUACUUUGGCUUUCUUUGGAAUUAGUUUACUGGUUAUAGGAACUACUAUGGUUGGGCAGCUCCCAAAUAGCAGUAUGAAAAACUGGCUAAGUGAACUGGUCCAUCUGACUUGCUGCAGAAUCUGUGUCCGAGCUCUUUCUGGUACUAUUCAUUACCAUAACAGGCAGUACCGACCCCAGAAAGGAGGUAUUUGUGUUGCUAAUCAUACUUCUCCAAUAGACGUUCUGAUCUUGACGACUGAUGGAUGCUAUGCCAUGGUUGGACAGGUUCAUGGCGGACUCAUGGGAAUCAUUCAGAGGGCUAUGGUUAAAGCUUGUCCCCAUGUUUGGUUUGAACGUUCAGAAAUGAGGGAUCGACAUCUAGUGACUAAAAGGUUAAGAGAACACAUUGCUGAUAAGAAAAAAUUGCCCAUUUUAAUUUUUCCUGAAGGAACCUGUAUAAACAACACAUCAGUCAUGAUGUUUAAAAAGGGAAGUUUUGAAAUAGGAGGAACUAUAUAUCCAGUUGCAAUAAAGUAUAACCCUCAGUUUGGUGAUGCCUUUUGGAAUAGUAGUAAGUACAACAUGGUGAACUACUUGCUACGAAUGAUGACCAGCUGGGCCAUAGUCUGUGAUGUGUGGUACCUUCCCCCAAUGACCAGAGAGGAAGAUGAAGAUGCAGUACAGUUUGCAAACAGGGUUAAAUCUGCUAUUGCUGUGCAAGGAGGAUUGACUGAACUUCCCUGGGAUGGAGGUCUGAAGAGAGCCAAGGUCAAAGAUACUUUGAAGGAAGAGCAGCAGAAGAACUAUAGCAAGAUGAUAGUUGGAAAUGGGUCUAUAAAUACAGAGUCUGAAUGAGUACAAAAAUGAAAGUAGCCCCUUUUCUGUGCCAGUGGCAGAACACAGAAAUGGACUUUUCAUUAUAACCUCAUUCCACUGAAUUAUAUGGUAGUUUAUUGGAAUGAAAUAGAUUCCACCUUUUUAAAAUGAAAGGAUUAAAAUAGUACUCCUUUGAAUAAUUAAUUUUGGACUGAAAUACUUAAGUAGUAAAUCUUGAAAAGGAAACUAGGACACUUUCUAAGGUUUCUUGGAACUCCUUGUUUAUAAUAAUUCCAGAAGGAUAGCCAGAAUUCUCUUUCUGAUUUACUUUGCUUUUACCCCUUUCCUGCCAUACCCAGAAAACAAAAACAAGAAACCAAAUAUCUGUUAGGUACAGUUUCUUUGGUAUCCUGGCAAACUUGAAUCCCUUUACCAAAAAUUUGAAUAUAAAGCAUUUGGGGAUUUUCAUGAAACAAGAGCUCUUCAGCCAUACAAUGCUGUGAAAGUACAUAUUUUGGGUUAGAAGUAGAAAUAGUAUUAAUUGAUCUCCACUCAACAUAGAAAAGUGAAUUGAAUCUGAGUGCUUAUUGAAGUAAAGCACCAUACCAGUAAUCUACUAACAUCUUUCAUACCUAUAACUGCCUCUUCCUAUUAUUCUCAGCCCUUAUUUUGUCUUCCACUGGCUUGAUUUGUGGUUUGUUUAAUAGACAAAUAAACCUUCCCACUAGGAUCAGGGAAAGGAAGUCACAAUGAAUAUCUUUAAAAGAAGCAUGAAGGUGGAAACAUGUCACUCUAACAUUACAGUAGGAAUAUUUUUCAUGCCUCUAUAGUUUGAAAAAAUAAAAAGUCAAAUCACUUCAAAAAACUGAGCCUUAAAAAAGAGUAAAAGGGAAAAUAUUUCCCAACUCACACAGCAUAAGCAAUGUUUGUUAGCAAUAUGAUGCAAUUCUUAAACACAAUGAAAAGUAUUAUCUAUUAUUUUCUGAUGUAAAGAAUGUUAAACUAUCUUAUUGUAAACUCAACAAAAAUAAAUUCUAUAUUUCUAA